AUAGACUUCCAGUAAGUUAACUUGCAACACAUUUCCCCUUCACUCUACAGUUGACUCACUGUACAAGACCUCUCCUCUUCACUUCACUCUACUACAGGUUGGGAGAUGCAACAAUGGCCUUGAGAACAGCAGGAAGUGUGUUGGUGGUCUUUCUCUGGUCUGUGACAGUGGUACUGGGUCAGAAUGGCUGGAGUGUUACAUACACCACUCAGAGUAUCUGUACCUUGAAGGGGUCAUCAGUGGAUCUGUUCUGCUCUUACACAUAUCCCAGAGGUACAGUCACAACAACACUCUGGUUCACUAAAAUGGAGGCUGGUGUAGAACCUGAAGAUCUAGGUCAGGACCCAGAGUAUGCAGGUCGUCUGGAGUAUCAUGGAGAUAAGAAGAAAGACUGUACCCUGAAAAUCACAGACCUGAGAGAGAGUGACUCAGCUACGUACAAGUUCAGAUUCAUAACAGAUCAGACCAGAGGGAAAUAUUCUGGAAGUCCUGGAGUCACUCUGUCUGUAACAGCUCUGCAGGUGAAGAUAACUUCUAAAACUUGGCAAAAUAGGGUGACACUGACCUGUAGCACCACCUGUACUCUGACUGACAACCCCACCUACAUCUGGUACAAGAACGGACACAAAGUAAAGGAGGACACUUCCAGCCUGUACCCAGACUCCUUUAGUGAUGCAGACAGUUACUCCUGUGCUGUAAAAGGCCACGAGGAUCUCCACUCUCCUGCAGUGUGUGUUCAGGGUCAAAGCUGCAACAGAGUGACUUACACCAAGAGGAGAAUCUGUGUCUUGAAGGGGUCAACAGUGGACAUAUCCUGUACUUAUGUUAGUUAUUAUUCCACCACAUCAUCAUUCUGGUUUAGAAGUGAUAAGUCGACCCCUGAAGACCUAACCACAGACCCAGGGUAUGCAGGUCGUGUGGAGUACCCUGGAACAUACAGAGGUCCCUCCUCCCUGAGAAUCACAGAUCUGAGAGAGGAGGACUCAGCUGAGUAUCGCUUCACUUUUAAAACAGACAACUUUGACUGGGGUCAUAGUUUCCCAGGAACAACUCUGUCUGUCACAGGUCUGCAGGUGAAGGUGACUCCUGCUGCAGAGGGACAGAAGACACUGACCUGUAUCACCACCUGUACUCUGACUGACAACCCCACCUACAUCUGGUACAAGAACGGACAACGUCUAGAUGAGCCCACUUCCCAACAAUACUCUAGUAAUACCCUAGUAGUGUUGGGUCAUUCUGUGGACAGUUACUCCUGUGCUGUAGAACACCAUGAGGACCUCCACUCUCCUGCAGUGUGUGUUCAGGGUCAGAGCUGCAACAGAGUGACUUACACCAAGAGGAGAAUCUGUGCCUUGAAGGGGUCAACAGUGGACAUAUCCUGUACUUAUGACAGUGGUUAUUAUACAGUCAAAUCAUCACUCUGGUUUAGUCCUAAACAGAGAUCUAGGUGGAGGGAUAAGUUGACACCUGAGGACCUAACAAGAGACCCAGGAUAUGCAGGUCGUGUGGAGUACCCUGACAAAGAGAGAUGGAGAUACACUGGUCACUCCAGUCUGAGAAUCUCAGAUCUGAGAGAGGAGGACUCAGCUGAGUAUCGCUUCACUUUUAAAACAGACAACUUUGACUGGGGUCAUAGUUUCCCAGGAACAACUCUGUCUGUCACAGGUCUGCAGGUGAAGGUGACUCCUGCUGCAGAGGGACAGAAGACACUGACCUGUAUCACCACCUGUACUCUGACUGACAACCCCACCUACAUCUGGUACAAGAACGGACAACGUCUAGAUGAGCCCACUUCCCAACAACACUUCAGUAAUAUGCUGGUGGUCUGGGAUUCUACUGUGGACAUUUACUCCUGUGCUGUUGAAGGUCACGAGGCUCUCCACUCUCCUGUAGUUUGUUUUCAGGUGAAGGUGACUCCUAAACAGUAUUCAACGUAUAAGACACUGACCUGUAGCACCACCUGUAUUCUGACUGGUAACCCCACAUACACCUGGUACAAGAACGGACAGGUAGAAACUGUGACGACUUCCACCUAUUCAGUCCUCCCUAAUGCUAAGGACAGCUACUCUUGUGCUGUAAAAGGCCAAGAGGAUCUCCACUCUCCUGCAGUGUGUGUUCAGGGUCAGAGCUGCUACAGCGUGACUUACACCAAGAGGAGAAUCUGUGUCUUGAAGGAGUCAACAGUGGACAUAUCCUGUACUGUUGGUUAUUAUUCCACCACAUCAUCAUUAUGGUUUAGAAGUGAUAAGUCGACCCCUGAAGACCUAACCACAGACCCAGGGUAUGCAGGUCGUGUGGAGUACACUGGAACAUACAGAGGUCCCUCCUCCCUGAGAAUCACAGAUCUGAGAGAGGAGGACUCAGCUGAGUAUCGCUUCACUUUUAAAACUCACAGCUUUGACUGGGGUCAUAGUUUCCCAGGAACAACUCUGUCUGUCACAGGUCUGCAGGUGAAGGUGACUCCUGCUGCAGAGGGACAGAAGACACUGACCUGUAUCACCACCUGUACUCUGACUGACAACCCCACCUACAUCUGGUACAAGAACGGACAAUGUCUAGAUGAGCCCACUUCCCAACAAUACUCUAGUAAUACCCUAGUAGUGUUGGGUCAUUCUGUGGACAGUUACUCCUGUGCUGUAGAACACCAUGAGGACCUCCACUCUCCUGCAGUGUGUGUUCAGGGUCAGAGCUGCAACAGAGUGACUUACACCAAGAGGAGAAUCUGUGUCUUGAAGGGGUCAACAGUGGACAUAUCCUGUACUUAUGUUGGUUAUUAUUCCACCACAUCAUCAUUCUGGUUUAGAAGUGAUAAGUCGACCCCUGAAGACCUAACCAGAGAUCCAGGGUAUGCAGGUCGUGUGGAGUACACUGGAACAUACAGAGGUCCCUUCAGCCUGAGAAUCACAGAUCUGAGAGAGGAGGACUCAGCUGAGUAUCGCUUCACUUUUAAAACAAACAACAUUGAAUGGGGUCAUAGUUUCCCAGGAACAACUCUGUCUGUCACAGGUCUGCAGGUGAAGGUGACUCCUGCUGCAGAGGGACAGAAGACACUGACCUGUAUCACCACCUGUACUCUGACUGACAACCCCACCUACAUCUGGUACAAGAACGGACAACGUCUAGAUGAGCCCACUUCCCAACAACACUCCAGUAAUAUGCUGGUGGUCUGGGAUUCUUCUGUCAACAGAUACUCCUGUGCUGUUGAAGGUCACGAGGCUCUCCACUCUCCUGUAGUUUGUUUUCAGGUGAAGGUGACUCCUAAACAGUAUUCAAUGUAUAAGACACUGACCUGUAGCACCACCUGUAUUCUGACUGGUAACCCCACAUACACCUGGUACAAGAACGGACAACAUCUAGAUGAGAGCACCUCCCCCCAGUACAAAGACCCAGUCUCCAGUAACUAUGAAGACAGUUACUCAUGUGCUGUAAAAGGUCAUGAGGAUCUCCUCUCUCCUGCAGUGUGUGUUCAGGGUCAGAGAUGCAACAGAGUGACUUACACCAAGAGGAGAAUCUGUGUCUUGAAGGGGUCAACAGUGGACAUAUCCUGUACUUAUGUUGGUUAUUAUUCCACCACAUCAUCAUUCUGGUUUAGAAGUGACAGGUUGACACCAGAGGACCUAACCACAGAUCCAGGGUAUGCAGGUCGUGUGAAGUACACUGACAAAGAGACAUGGAGAAAUGAAGGUCCCUCCAUCCUGAGAAUCACAGAUCUGAGAGAGGAGGACUCAGCUGAGUAUCGCUUCACUUUUAAAACAUACUACAUUGAUUGGGGUCAUAGUUUCCCUGGAACAACUCUGUCUGUCACAGGUCUGCAGGUGAAGGUGACUCCUGCUGCAGAGGGACAGAAGACACUGACCUGUAUCACCACCUGUACUCUGACUGACAACCCCACCUACAUCUGGUACAGGAACAGACAACCUAUAAAAGAGGACUCCUCCCCCAUGUACUCCAUCAGCAGUGAGGAUGCAGACAGCUACUUCUGUGCUGUAAAAGGCCGUCUCAGCUCUCCUGCAGUGUAUAAACCAAAGACCUCAGUGUCAGUCAGUCCCUCUGGUGAAAUAGUGGAGGGCAGUUCAGUGACUCUGACCUGCAGCAGUGAUGCCAACCCACCUGUCCAGAGUUACACCUGGUGGUACAAGAAGAAUGGAGAUGACUAUCAGAGUAUGACAGGACCACAGCAUGUCUUCAACCAAAUCCAGUCAUCUGACACGGGAGAGUACUACUGUGUGUCCCAGAAUGAGAUGGGGACAGACAGGUCUAGGACCAUCAACAUGGAUGUGAAGUAUAAACCAAAGAACACCUCAUUGUCAGUCAGUCCCUCUGAUGAAAUAGUGGAGGGCAGUUCAGUGACUCUGACCUGCAGCAGUGAUGCCAACCCACCUGUGGACAAAUACACCUGGUACAAGAAGAACGUAACCUCACCAAAAGCAUCAGGACAGAGUUACAGCAUCACUAACAUCAUCUCUGAGGACAGAGGAGAAUAUUACUGUGAGGCUGAGAAUAAAUAUGGACGUCUCAACUCUUCUUCUGUGUCUGUGGACGUUCAGUACGGCCCAAAGAACACCUCAGUGUCAGUCAGUCCCUCUGGUGAAAUAGUGGAGGGCAGUUCAGUGACUCUGACCUGCAGCAGUGAUGCCAACCCACCUGUGGACAAAUACACCUGGUACUUUCAAAAUGAGACUUUUCUAAAUGGAUGUGGACAGAUGUACAACAUCAGUAACUUCAAGUCUAAGGACAGUGGACAUUACCACUGUGAGGCCUGGAAUAGAAGAGGAUCUAGGAACUCUACAGCUGUGAUGAUCAUUUUACCAGGGAAACAAACCUCAGUUGUGACUGCAGCUGUAGGAAUCAUAGUGGUGGUUCUGGUUCUCAUCCUCUGUCUCUCUGGACUCAUGUGGUUCAGGAAGAAGGCCUCCAUAUCCACCUCUGACACAAGAGACAUAUCAGAGAAUGUACAGGGAGACUCUAGUCCAGUGUAUGAAAACGUCUCAAGCAUGUCCACAGCCCCUACUGCAGCACAGACAGUAGCCACCGUCGACCCGGACGAUGUCCACUAUGCCAGCGUCCACUUCUCUCGCUCCAAAAACCAGGAAGUGCCUCUGUACUCCACCGUCCAAGUGCCUCAGCCCCAGAAAGAGGAUGAGUAUGUCCAGUACGAUGCUGUGAAAUUCAACCUCCCCAGUGCUGCCACCCAACCCACAGCAGCACAAGCAGCUGAGGAGGAGUCCUCUGUUCUCUACAGUACAGUCAACUAACCUGAACCAAGAAGACCUGAACACAACAAACCCUGAACCAGGAAGACCUGAACACAACAAACCCUGAACCAGGAAGACCUGAACACAACAAACCCUGAACC